AUGAAGCUGAAGAUAGUUCUUGCCCAUAAUUUAUUCUGCAUCCUCGCCGUCUGCUCGCAGACUACAUAUAUGAGCGAUGUGACCGAUACGGUAACGACUGGCUACGCAGCAAGGAACUGGACAAAGAGUGAAGCGUUUCAGAUUCUCAGGGCGGAAAUGAACGAUCGUCUGCUGGCGCGUCAGAAAGCGCCGCCCAAAUACUACUCGUCCCACGACAGCGACAUUGCCAUCUCGUUUGAUCCACUUCAAAUAAUCGACGUGGUGGGCAUGUCGCAGGCCAUGACCUUGACCUCCAUCGUCACCCUCAAAUGGCGCGAUCCUGAGAUUAUGUGGGAGCCGAGUAUGUAUGCUGGAAUUGUGGACAUCCAGCUUCCUUCGGAUAACUUGUGGUCUCCGUCGGUCAUCGUGCCAAAGUCCAGCGAAAACGAGGACCUGAAUAUUGAGUUUCCGGAACUUGUGAAAGUGAAUUAUAAAGGCUACAUAAUUGCAUCCAUUCCGACAUUCAUUACGACAUUAUGCACAAUGGAUAUGACCUACUUUCCGUUUGAUGAACACAAUUGCACUGUAGUUUUCCUGGAGUCUAGUUUCUACAACAUAACAUCUUUCGUGCUGCCUCCAACCGACAUCCAAAGCCACUUCGGCACUCACGGAGAGUGGAUCAUGGAUAGCCACUGGUGCACCUCAAACAUCACCCACAUGACUCCGCCAUUUUCCUACGUCACUUGCUACAUUGAAAUGAGCAGGUGUAGCCUUUUCUUUGUGCUAAAUCUGAUUGGUCCAAUGGCCAUGACGUCAGCAAUGACGCUCGUGGUGUUCUGGAUUCCAGCCAAAAGUGGGGAAAAGAUUGGUUACGUCUUGUCCAUGUACACAUCCACUUCUGUUUUUCUGAGCUUCAUCGUGGAACGCAUUCCCAAGAACAUGGACACAACUCUCCCGCGAAUCAACAUUCUUCUUCUUGCCAUUGUGAUUCAAGUCAUUCUUGCCACCGUGGCCACAACCAUCGUCUUGAAGAGAUAUAACAAAGAGAUCAAUGCCAAAAAAUCUGGUAAAACACUUUGUAAGAGACCUGCACUUGAGGCCAAACCCAAUGUGGACAACUGCGAGAAACUAACCAAAGUUCAAUCAUCAACCAAACCGACAGGGGAGCAAACCAGCGUUGACAAAGACACACCAGACAAUGUCCAUAUCAUCUAUUCUGGUCAAUUGCACAAUAACUGCCCAAAUAAUGACAUUAGCAAAAAUGUGGAUGGUGCUAAGAAAAAUGCGAACGAAUCGGUUUGCGAAAAGGAAAUAUCAAUCUACGAAGCUGAUCAAAUUCAGACCGGAUCUAACACAAGUCCGGACGAGCAAGACACAAGUCGAUGUAUGACCCACGAUGAAUUAGAUAAACUUUUCUUCGCCGUCUUGACCACACUGACCGUUUUCGCAGGCAUCCAUGGAAACCAAUGUUUAUCUCAAGAAAAGAUAACUCUGAUUGUCAAAAUGUUUCUUACAAAAACUGUUCGCGUGUUUUUCGCUUUUCUUGUGAUGCUAGGACGUGCCAGGUUGGAUACCAACAUUUCUAGCUCCUCCUACUUAGAGUCAUUCACAAAACUACGGAAGUUGGUACAAUCUCGUCUGGAAGCUGCCAAUAAAAUUCCACCUAAAUACUACCACUUUCAGAUUCCCAUCCGAUUGAACUACGAACCUCUGCAGAUCAUCUUUGUCGACGAGGUUUCUCAGACCAUCAUGGUUUCCUCCAGUAUCACUCUCGUCUGGCUGGACCCAGUGGUCAGCUGGGACCCCAGGAAUUACUCGGGAAUAGACACCAUAGAAAUGGACUCCAGUUCGUUUUGGGCUCCCAACAUUUAUAUUCCGAAAACGUCCGACUCUUCCGUCAAACUGUUAACCUUGAACGAGAAAGUGCAAGUAUCCAAUCGGAGCACAGUGUCCACCCUGAUUCCGAUAAUAACCACGACCCUGUGCAACCUUGACCUGACAUUUUUUCCAUUUGACAAGCAUUCUUGUACCAUGAUCUUCGUUGAGUCCGACAUGUACAACCUGACUUACCUUGACCUCCCCCCCAAGGACAUCAGUUUUUACUUUGGCACCAAUGCCGCUUGGAUUUUGGUGGGAUACACCUGCGUCACUCAACCCUCACACUACACUCCGACAUUCACCUACAUCGUCUGCUCCAUAGAGAUGACCCGCCGGAGAGCCUUCUACGUCGUGAAUCUGAUUGGUCCGAUGGCAAUGACGUCAGCGAUGACGCUAGUGGUGUUCUGGCUGCCCGCGAAGGCAGGCGAGAAGAUGACCUUUGCAGUGUCCAUGUUUCUAGCUAGUUCUGUCUUCUACAAUUAUAUCUUGGAGAUUAUGCCACGAAGUAUGGAAAGUCCUCCUCGUUUAAAUCUACUUCUAAUUUUUAACGGCAUUCUCAUCAUGCUGGCCACUGCCGCCACCACGUUCGUCCUGCGCCGAUACGAGCAUCAAAAAGAGACGGAGCAAGCAGAAGUGAGCGAGCCCGGCACAAAGUCAAGGACGCUCGAUCAGAAGCAAGGCGAAUCCAAGAAGAACCGCUUAUUCUAUUCUCGCAGAUGUAAUUCUGUGUCACCGGAGCCUGUAGAGCAAGUCAAUCUGAGCCAACUAAACUUACUCCAAGGAGAGCUCCUUGGACCAGAACAACCGGAAGUGACGAAAAGACAGUAUAGAACAGGCCAAUGGUCUUACGCCAAGCUGGACAUGAUGUUUUUCGUGUUAAUGUCUGCACUGACCCUCAUAGUUUGGAUACUUGUUUUCUUUUUAUAAAACUCAGUGAGGAUUCUAUCGAAUCUGUAAGCAUCUAAUAUAAGACUUACUUACC